AACCAGAAUAGAUGCUCACAAUGUUGAGUCGGCUAAUUCUCGAGAUGCAACGGAUAGCUUUGCUAUGUCCUCGAGAGAUAGGCGUGGGAUCUUCAACAAAACAUCCAAUUCAGUCAUUUCCGGUAUCAUAUCUCCAACAAAGACCAAUGACAGGAAAAUUGACUCUAUUAGUCAAAUUUCUAACAUCAACGAUG